AUGGAGAAAGCCAACAUAACAACCACAAAUGACUUUUACCUGACUGGACUGUCUGAUCUGCCAGAAGUGCGGAUCUCCCUCUUCGUUAUGAUUCUGCUGAUCUACUUGAUCACUCUGGCAGGGAACGGGGCGAUCCUCAUGGCAAUUGGGACAGAUGCUCAGCUCCAGACCCCCAUGUACUUCUUCCUGAGUAAUCUAUCUAUGCUGGAUGUCCUUUGCCCAACUGUCAUUGUACCAAAGAUGCUCCAUAUCUUAUUGUCAGAGGACAAGACAAUGUCAUUUGCUGGUUGCACGCUCCAACUCUUCUUUCUCAUUGAUGUAGUGGGCACAGAAAUUUUGUUGCUAGCACUGAUGGCGUAUGACCGCUAUGUGGCUAUAUGUAGUCCUUUGCACUACGCAAACAUCAUGAGUAAACGGUUGUGUGCUCAGCUGGCUGCUGGGACCUGGCUAACAGGCUUUAUCAAUUCCAUGGUUCAUACCUCACUGACUUUUUCCUUAUCUUUCUGUGGGUCCAAUAAAGUUAACCAGUAUUAUUGUGAUAUCCCCCCAGUGAUGGCCCUCUCUUGCUCUUCUACCUUCCUCCCUGAAAUGGUUCUUCUUCUUGUAGCUGGUAUUUUAGGAGGUGGUGCUUUCUUUGUCACCCUGAUCUCUUACAUCUAUAUAAUUUCUGCUAUUGUGCACAUGCGCUCUGCUGAAGGCAGGCGCAAAGCCUUUUCCACUUGUGGUUCUCACUUGACUGUAGUUUGCCUGUUCUAUGGGACCACCAUUGCCACUUAUGUUCGUCCCACAUCUACCUAUUCACCAAAGCAGGACAGAAUUGUUUCCAUGCUGUAUGGAGUUCUUACUCCCAUGAUAAACCCUAUGAUCUACAGUCUGAGGAAUAAGGAAGUUAAAAGGGCCUUGAUCAAAGCCCUAAGUCUGAAAAGAUUUUAA